UUGGUCAAACAGUUGUGGGUUUUCUAUAUUUUAGAGGGGCACCGGUUGAGAUGUCAGUAGGAAAGUGAAUUCCAAGCGGAAAUGUAUCUCCAGUUCCUGCUUCUAACGCUCUUUUUGGGCUAUCAAAUCGAAGCCAAGGAAAGCUUUGUCAGGCCCUCGCAUCUCGCACACUUUCUGGACAGGAUUGGACGAGUGCAUCGCCUACAUGCCAUCACCAUAGUCCACAGCUGGGAAUCGGUUAGUCCCAGCUUUCUGGAUGAUUUGCAUCGUGGACUCAUGGGGAAUACAAGCAAUCACUUUUAUUUGCUGCCCCAGAUGACGGCUUCUAAUGGCAAGGAGACGCAGGUGCGCUUCAGUCGGCUGCAGGAUGAGGAGACGCUGUACUUGGUGUUUGCCAGGAAUGCCAAAGAUCCACUGAUCGAAUGGCAUGCGAAGAGAGCCCGCGGAAGACGCUACUCCAAGACCAUGUUCUUGAUUAGAAAGCGGGAAUCUCAAGAGGAACUUGAACACUUUUUCCAGCUCCUCUGGAAACUGCAAUUCCGCUCCGCUUUGGUGGUGGUGGCUGCUGAGAAGUUCUACCAAAUGGAUCCGUAUCCCGAUGUGCGAGUGAUCCGCAUGCGAAGCCUGUCCUCCUACGAUCCGCAUCAUCUGUUUCCUCCUGCAAAUCGCAGGAAUUUCUGGGGCUAUCGGAUACGCAUGCCCGUUCAGCAGGAUGUUCCAAACACCUUUUGGUACCGGAACCUCAAGACGAAAGCCUGGGAACUGGAGGGACUGGGCGGCAUCCUGAUCAGCCAGCUGAUGAAGCAUUUGAAUGUCACCAUGGAUCUUUUUCGUUUUGAGAUCAACGGCUCGAAUGUGAUGAAUAUGGGCGCUCUUAUGGAUCUGAUUGCCGAGGGAAAGGUGGAGUUGAGUCCGCAUUUAUAUGAUACCCUACAUCCGAACAACGAAGUGGACUACUCCUAUCCCACGCAGGUGGCUCCGCGCUGCUUCAUGAUCCCCCUGGACAAUGAGAUAUCGAGGAGCCUGUACGUCUUCCUGCCUUUUAGUUUCCCUUUGUGGUUGUGCCUGCUUUUCACCCUGCUCCUCGUGCAGUUUGUCUAUGUGAGAAGACUGAUGCCGGAUGGGCAACUCUGGGGUAUACUGGGAGUACCAGGAGCUGGAGGUUCACCCAGAUGCAGGAAGCGGAAAUCAGGCAGAGGCCUUUGCACCUUUCUAAUUCUCAGUGGGAUCUUCACACUCGUCCAAUCGUACAGCACCAAACUCACCUCCUUUCUGACUGUCACCCUUACAAGGAAACCUGCCAGCAGCUUGGAGGAGCUCUUCCAGCUACCCUACAGCAUCCUUGUGCUGCCCUCCGAUGUGGAGGCCAUUGUGGCUUCCCUCGGUCAUGCAGAUCAGUUUGCCCGCAAGUUUAGCUUCACAAUGAUAGAGGAUUUCGAUGAGAAGAGGAUAGCCAUGGAUCCCGAGUACAUCUAUCCCAUUAGCAACAUCCGUUGGCGUUUUUUUGAUCUGCAGCAGCGCUUUCUGCGCAAGAAGCGUUUCUACUUCUCAAGGAUUUGCCACGGUUCCUAUCCCUAUCAGUAUCAGUUGACUGUGGACUCGCAUCUCAAGGAUGCAAUGCAUCGCUUCUUGCUCCACGUUCAGCAGGGCGGUCUGCAGGAUCUUUGGCUGGAGACCUGCUAUAGGAAGGCCCAUCGCAUGGGCUAUCUGAAGGACUUUUCCACCCUGGCGGAGCUGGAGGAGAAGCUAAGGCUAAGACCUUUGGCUCUAAAUUUACUGGUGCCCGCUUUUAGUCUGUUUCUGUGCGGACUGCUGGGCAGUGGGAUUGCCUUUCUGGUGGAGAUCCGCCAGAGCUUUGGGUGCAGACAGAAGCCACCGCCCACUAACUCAAGUAGUAGCUCAUUCUAACCAACCGAAAAAAUUAAAAUACAUCCUAGCCGAAAUAUAAAUCUAAUCCAAUUUUAUGUAUGAUUCACAUUUAAACCCCGCCACGAAUGACAAAUCGGAUCUCUCUAACCAACGAAUCGAAAUUUGCAACCCAUCAUUUUGUAUCGAAAACCCAUCGAAUCGAAUCCAAAACCAAACAAAAAUCCACACACAUCCAUCGGUCGUUUAGUCAAGCAUCUGAGGCCGAUCGUCGAGGGCGAGCAUCAUCAUCAUCUCGGAAUGGUCGAAAUGGUCGCAAUGGAGCCACUCGGGGAUGUAGAUCCGCCCACCGAAACGGAGGCGGGCGGCGGCGGAAGAGGAAAGAUCAUCAUAGGUUUGGACUAAAUACAAAUUCACCACCUUUGAACUCUGUACAAAAAGCAUUAGCGAUGCAUCCAAAAAAAAAAACACACGAGCACACACAAAAACACACCUGCAACCACAACACACAAAACACGAGUUAGAUAUUAGAUUGGUUUUUAAGAUCCUUGGAUCUGUAGUUUUGGCGUUAAUGUAGAUGUUGCUGCUUUA